AUGUGCAGUCUGCAGUCUGCGACCAGUCCUGCUACAAGUGAUGCGAUUGAUCGGCUGCUCCAGCGGAUUCUUGACGGGACGCAUGGCGAGACCGAGUACAUUGAGCGUCACGGUAUUCUUUCGAUGCAAAGCCUAGUGCCAGAUCGUGCUGUGAACGACUUCAAGGCAGCUGAGGACGGCAAGGAGUCUGAACCGGUAGUCAAAUCUUUCCAUGAGACCCCAGCCCAGGUGCGUCUCCAGGCGGAGAAGUUCGGCACUUUGCAGAGUCUGACCUGGUUUGAAACGGCAGUCGGCGAGGUGCCGAUGGAACCGGGUAUGGUGGAGAUUGAGGUCAUGGCUGUGGGUGUUAACUUCAAGUGUCCCUUUGAGAGAGUCCAUCGUAUCCCCGACUCAAUGAGCUAUGAUGAAGCGGCAACAAUCCCCUUGGUCUAUUUGACAGUGAUAUACUCACUGUACCAUUUGGCCAACGUCCAGGAAGGCCAGUCUGUCUUGAUUCAUUCCGCAGCCGGCGGAGUGGGCUUCGCUGCUAUACAGCUGGCGCAGCACAAGAAGUGCGAUGUAUUUGUCACCGUCGGCACUGAAGAAAAGCCUCAGUUUUUGGCGCGCACGUUCAAUCUGCCCGGGAAUCGUAUGUUCAGCUCGCGCAGUACCCGGUUUGCUGAAGAGAUUCGCCGGGAGAAGAAUGGCCGCGGCGUGGACGUCAUCCUUAACUCCUUGACCGGGGAGCUCCUCGACGAAUCCUGGCGGUUGACUGCCGAUGGAGGUAUCAUGGUGGAGAUUGGCAAGCGAGAUAUCGUCGACCGCAGCCUUGCCAUGGAGCCCUUUGACCGCAAUUGCUCUUUCCGUGCUGUUGAUUUGUCCUACACUCGCGAGAUCACAAACAAGUUGAUCGGAGAUCUUCUGAGUGAGAUAUUUGACUUGUUAAACGGCGGUCAUGUUGGUCCAAUCCACCCUAUCAUUCGCUUCCCCUUUGAGGAGGUUAUUCUCGCACUGUCUUAUAUUCGCAGCGGCAAGCACAUGGGCAAGAUCGUCAUCUCCGGCCCUUCAGAGGGGACCGAUUUCCAGCUGCUUAUACGACCGGCCAUCCUCAAGCUGCAACUCGAUCCCACAGCUGCAUACCUUAUUGUGGGAGGACUUCAUGGUCUGUGCGGCAGCUUGGCUGUGCAUCUGGCUCGACAUGGAGCCCGUUGUAUCAUCUCAAUCAGCCGGAGUGGUAUUCAGGAUCCAGCAUCUGCUCGCGCACAUGCCAACUGCGCUGCGUAUGGAUGCGAGAUCGUUGAGGCCAAAGGGGAUGUUGGGGAUCUAGACUUUGUGCGGCAGAUUUUCCGGUCUAUCCAACCUCGGCGCGUUGCAGGUUUAGUACAAGGUGCUAUGGUUCUCCGGGACAAACCUUACGAGACCAUGACCCAUGACGACUACAUCAACUCCAUCCAUGCGAAGGUAGCUGGUACCUGGAACCUGCAGCUCGCGGCCCAGUCCGAGCAAGCUCAACCCCUGGACUUCUUCACAAUGCUCUCCAGUAUCUCCAGCGUCAUCGGCAACAAAGGGCAGGCGAACUAUGCAGCGGGCAAUGCUUUCCUCGAUGCUUUCGCCAGCUACCGUAACGCUUCUGGCUUACGCGCUAACACCAUCAACCUCGGCCUGAUCGAGGAUGUGGGAUAUGUAGCAGAGCAAGGUGGCGCACUCGAGGCGCGCUUCGAUCGCAGCCAGUGGGUUCCUAUCAAUGAAGGCACUCUUCGUCGCAUUCUCUCCCACUCCAUCCUUGAGCAGCAACAAAGAAUUCGCGGCAGCCUCAACAGCACCCAGCUGAUCACAGGCAUAGCCUACCCGCUUACCGCAAACAACAGUGCCUAA